GACGUUUCUUUUGAGUAUUAUGGGCUGUUGGGAUACCAGAGGCAAAGGUGCCGAGAAGGGAGGUAGAUACAGGCCAGCUAGAAGGGCUGCGACGCUGAAGUAAACAUGGAGCUAUCCGCGGUCGGAGAGCGAGUCUUUGCUGCCGAAUCCAUAAUCAAAAGGCGCAUAAGACGAGGUCGGAUGGAAUAUCUCGUCAAAUGGAAAGGAUGGUCUCAAAAGUACAGCACUUGGGAACCAGAGGAAAAUAUCUUGGACCAACGCCUCUUUGCUGCUUUCGAGGAGAGGGAACGUGAGAGGGAGCUUUAUGGGCCGAAAAAGAGAGGCCCAAAGCCCGAAACUUUCCUAAUGAAGGCAAGGGCAAAGGCCAAAGGCAAAUCCUAUGAAUUCCGAAGGGAGAUGACGCGAGGAAUGCACGUCUCGUAUCCUGUUGCCGAACCUGUUAUAACCCCCAGAGCGCGCGAGGGCCUGCGCACCGUGGUGCCAACGAUAUUCCCACCUAGCACCGUUAACCGAGGAGAGAGCGUUCGACCACAGGAACUGGAGAGAAGACAAAGACCAACCGGUUCGCCGCCUAGGGUACCCGAUGGAUUUGUGAACGCGCCAAAGAAACGAGGGCCCAAGCCCAAGUUAAGGUUCAAUGUCAGCCCAGGCAGUUGCGCGUACACCGAGACCCCGAAGAGGAGGUCAGACGAGCAGGUCGCAUACAGCACUUCUAAAAUGGGAAGGUACGGACACCAUGAAGGUGAAAUGUCAGACUGCAGCGUCCCACAAAUGACAGAAAGGUUUAAGCCGAACUCGCCAAAAUCGAUGGGAGCAGCGACCAGCGGUUACCAUCUUUUUCCAACAAACAAACCAAGGCAUGACACGCAGGCCCACAGAACUGUGAAGCAAUGUUCGAGUGAAACGUUGCAACAGUCUAAAGGCCAUAAUUCAAGUAGACCUCGUUUAUAUGAGGAGGACGACCUAGAGACUGAGCAGUCUGCGUCCAACCGUUCAGUGCCAAUCAUCUUCGGGGAUCAGGCAAAUGAUGCCUGGCGCCCAUCCAUCUCAAACAUGGAGAAAGUUGUCGUCACCGAUGUAACCAGUAAUUUUUUAACAGUUACCAUUAAAGAAAGUACGACGGACAAAGGCUUUUUCAAAGAAAAGAGAUGAUCUGGUUUAGUAUUAAAUGUGUAAGGAGACCUAUCAACUAUGUAUAAACAUUGCACCUUUCCCACUUGAUUUCGAAGCUGAUUUAUCAAUAUUUUUUCUAUCAAUUUCGCACUUGUACAGCUUAUUUAGAUAGUUGUCACGCAUACUGUAAAUAUGUAUGUACCUCUUCAUGUACAUUGACUUUUUCUAUGGAAAAUGUUAUUUUUUUAGUGAGUUCAUCCGUUUGAGAUUAGAGUGUCCGUUUAUUUCCUCUUGUGUACACAGCUACUGACAACUCCGUUAAUUUUCUUUAAACUUGUAACAACGAGCGCUUUUAUUCAAAUUAUUAUACUAUGUAGGCUGACAAGUAAUAUUCUCAUAUUAUUAUAAUGUCUUCAGUUAUAUGGCCUUAUCUUUGUGUACCAGCGCUGUAAAGGUGUUACUGUAUUAAAGCACAACUUGUGGGUCCA